AGUCAGUCAGCGGAGGACACGACAUUAACGCCGUGCGCAGGGAAGGAGGACGGACUCAUAGCGGGGCACAGGGAGGACGACGGCAGCCGAGCACCGAGCGGAGGAGCCAAGUGUGUGCGUGUGCGUGUGUGUGUGUGGAGAUAUUUGGAGUUGGAGGAGGACGCUGCUACUUUUUGGAUCCCUGGAGGAAAAUAGAAACCUGACUCCCAAAGCACAAACAUAAGCAAGACCUCAAUCUUUAACAAAUCUCCACAGACAGAUUAUUACACACACACGCAGAUAUGAGUGAAGAUAAUCCAACUGAGACUGUGGAAACUGGUCCUGCUGAGGUGAACGCUAUUCCUAAUGGGAAAGGCCAUGACGCCGGUGAGGACAUCACAGGGUCGGCCAAAAGCCCAGCAGCAGAGGACAGUGAAAAAGAAACUGUACCCAAUAGUACCCAGAAUGCCAGUCCUCACAGAACUGAGAACACUGGGGCCAACCUCCCAGAGAGCCAGGAGUUCUUAUCAGGGGUGGAGGACAAAAAGACCACACGCUUCACGGAUUUUGAAGGAAAAACCUCGUUCGGGAUGUCAGUCUUCAACCUGGGCAACGCCAUCAUGGGAAGUGGAAUCCUGGGUUUGGCGUACGCCAUGGCCAACACAGGGGUGGUCCUGUUUCUGGUCCUUCUGACAGUGGUGGCAGUCCUCUCAUCAUAUUCCAUUCAUUUACUGCUGAAGUGUUCUGGGAUUGUAGGUAUUCGUGCGUAUGAGCAGCUCGGUUACAGGGCCUUUGGGACCCCGGGGAAGAUGGCGGCAGGUAUUGCCAUCACACUGCAGAACAUUGGAGCCAUGUCCAGUUACCUGUACAUCGUCAAAUAUGAGUUUCCUCUGGUCAUCCAGGCCUUUCUGAUGGUGGAUAAACCUGCAGGUGAAUGGUACCUGAAUGGAAACUACCUUGUCAUCAUUGUAUCUAUUGGUGUAAUAUUACCACUGGCUCUAAUGAAACAGCUUGGAUACCUGGGCUACACGAGCGGGUUCUCCCUGAGCUGCAUGGUUUUCUUCCUCAUUUCGGUCAUCUACAAGAAGUUCAACAUCCCUUGUCCGUUUGUGGACUUUUCAUUCAACGGAACCACCAGCAUCUUGAACACCACUGCUACGGAUCCUGGUGGGGAGGAAAACCCCGCUUGUAUUCCCAAAAUGGCCAACCUCAACUCACAAACGGCCUACACCAUCCCUAUCCUGGCGUUCGCCUUUGUGUGCCACCCUGAGGUCCUGCCCAUCUACACAGAGCUGCGCAAUGCCACCAAGAAAAAGAUGCAGCAUGUGGCCAACAUCUCCAUUGCAGUCAUGUACAGCAUGUACUUCCUGGCUGCUCUAUUUGGAUACCUAACUUUCUAUGGUGAAGUGGAAGCAGAGCUGCUUCACACCUACAGCCGCAUCGACCCGUAUGACACUCUGAUUCUGUGUGUGCGCGUGGCCGUGCUCACUGCUGUCACACUCACUGUACCCAUCGUGCUCUUCCCAGUCCGGAGAGCUAUUCAGCAGAUGAUGUUUCCCAACAAGACCUUCAACUGGCCUCGCCACAUCGCCAUCGCCUUCGUUCUGCUCACGUUCAUCAACCUGCUGGUCAUCUUUGCCCCCAACAUCCUGGGCAUCUUUGGGAUCAUUGGUGCCACAUCUGCCCCCUGUCUCAUCUUCAUCUUCCCUGCUGUCUUCUACAUCCGUAUUGUUCCCAAAGAAGAGGAGCCGCUGCGCUCUGUGCCCAAAAUCAUGGCUUUCUGUUUCGCUGGGAUAGGCUUCCUGUUUAUGAUAAUGAGCCUCAGCUUUAUCAUCAUUGAUUGGACAUCGGGCACCAGUAAAGCCAGCAGUGGUCACUAGGCACCGCAUUCCCUCCUCCUUUUUUUCAGGUUUUAUAUUGUUGAGUUAGACCUGUGUUGUAAUGUUACCGUGUUUUCUCUGGAUCAUGUGUGAUGUUAAAGAUGCCCUCUAUGUUUUCCAUUAGAGACGUCUAGAGUCGAGAGCUCGGGACGAAUUUCUGUCUCUCUGCAAACGCUCUCGCUCUGAUGACGUUGAGUCGUACUGUACAUCCUGCCAAACAGUGCACCUCCAGGUCGGUUUGAAGGUGAAUUCACUGAGAGGCCGGGUGCGGAGAGAUUGAUGUUGACAUGUUGGAGGCUGUGCCUUGUGAGAUGGAUGUAAAAAAAACAAAAAAACAGCUAAGUGAUAAUGUAGAAUGCUGCUGUCUGUAAUCACCUCCCCUUGCUGUCCCUGCGUCUUGAUCAUUGAUCUGUAAACUGCUCCUCAGAUCAGAAAACACAAUCUGGGGCCCCUCCCUUAAAACAGUUUGGAAUCAAAUUUAUUGAAUAAUAGAAAAUUCUUAUAUGAUUUUUAUCAAUAAUUUUAUUCUAUGUUAUUUAAAUAACUGUAUAUUUGCCAUUCUGUGCACGUGCAGAGGCAAGUGAUAUGAAAAGCUGAUGCACAGAAUGAAAGAUGCAUUAAAGGAAUAGUUCAAAAUUUCUGCUUAUCGUAUCUUGACACCACUCUUAUGUCAGUAUAGUAAACAUGAAGCUGCAGCCAGCCUUCCGUAGCUUAGUAUAAAGACUGGAAAAUGUUGAACUAUUCCUUUAAUGUGUGCAGCUCUUAUCUGCAGCUCCACUAACUUGUGCCGCUGUUGUUUAUUUAAAGGCAUUUAAGAGCCAGGGUGCAGAACCACUGAGAGCUUGUGGUGCAGCGCUCUGAGCACAUUUAUCAUCACAUUACUACACAAUAUGAUCUAGAUGUAUAUUUUUUAUUAAUAACAACCUCUACUUGAUGGAGACCUCAGACGAUGCAGUAUGGACUGAUCAAUGUCAGAGAGGCAGGGGACAGAACUCUAUAUACAAGAAUGCCUGUGUUGUGCAGAGAGAUUUUUCUUUUUCAGUAUAACUGCGCACAUGACAGUGAUACGGUACUGGAGACCGAAGGUGGAUUAUUAACUGAACUAAGACGAAAGUUCCUCUUCGUCCUCAAGUGGGACGAGGAGGAACUGGCAGAUCUGUUGUGUUGUUUCUGAAUCUUCACUGGAGGUAAUCAGAGAUCAAAUCAUGAAUAAAAUAACAACAGGGUCACUUCAUUAAGUGGUUAAUAGCAGUGUGGAAUCUGUAAAUAUUUCUGCGUUCAGCACAAGCUUGAUCCCUCGAUAACAGAGAUGACCGACAUGGGAUUUACCGUCUCUUUAACAAAUGAAAUGUUGGUGGUUAGGAAUAGCACUUUCCUUUAAAAAAGCACAACAUUCUUGUAGCCAUUAAUAUGUUCAAACAACAAAUUAUUCGUAAGAGAGUUCGCUCACAUUAGGUAGAUGUGAUUUCAAUGCAUAUCCCUUCAUAUGACUAAAUCUAUGAUAAAUUAAUCAAUCUAAUGUAGAUUCAGAGGAAAUUAUCAAUGUAUCGAUGGUAUAAUAUGUAUGUUUUCUCCAAAUUACUUGACCUGAUGUUGUUACUUAUAGCAUUUCCUGUGAGCCCCCGUGAUCAUCAGCGCCCUCCUCUGGUCUGUUUUGUAGACGCAACAACAAAUUAAGUGGACGUACUGUUGAGGGUUUUUAAGUGUCCGUGUUGUUUUAAAAAAUGAAAACAUGGCUCCACUGUAUUUGAACUAAACCUACCUGUAUACAUUUGUCUUGUUAAACCCUGGACCUAUGACCCGAUCAGAAGUAUAAUAUAUUUCAUACCAUUGAUAUAUUAACUGUUGUUUUAAACUUCACGUUUAAUGUUUAUUCGGCGUAUCAGUCUAAUCUGAAUCAGUGAUGAAAUGCAAGAUGCUAAACCUGUUAAUUAUUGUUUUUUCUUGUAUUUUUUAAUUAUCUCACUGUUAUCAUCAGAGGUAUGGACUGGGUCUUUCCUCGCUGCUCGUUGGCAGACGUUAAUCUACUAACUUGGAGUUGUUAGUGAGCUGGUGUGCUAGCCUACAUUUCAUUAUAUUCUUGCAGGUAAAAUCUUCUUCCACCUGACUACUGUGAGUUCUGUAUGGGUAACUGAGUGUCGUCCUGUCCGUUUAUCACACAUCAAACCUCUUCUAAUCAAUUUGUAUUUGAUUGUAUCCAGGCCUUUGGUUGUCUUUGUGUAUCUGUAUGCAGAGGGAAACAUCGGAAUCAGCCACUGGGGUGUAAGCAAGUGUUAUUAAACCAAUUAGUGUGUUACAUAUAUAUAUCCCCAACUUCCUGCUUUUGCCUAUGAUAAAGCCAUUUGGUAAAUUAAGUAAAAUACACAACUCACACACACACACUUUAUAUCCUCACAACAUGCAAAAAAUGGCAAUGAGUUAAGUUAAGUUAAACGCUAGUGGCUGAUACAAGAUCUUUGAGAACCUGUAUUCAGAUCUCAGUGAUGUCAGUCUCCCUCUUUUUUUGUGAUUUAUUGAAACGUGUAUGAUUGAAUAGUGACAUUAAGUAUCGACACCGGCCAGCAAUUAUAAAUAAUGUAUAUAAAUGUAUACCCUUUAUAUUCUAUAUGCAUAUCUAGUUUGUAUAAUGUAAAUAGUAAUUCAAAGUUUUAGUCCAAUUAAAAUAUAAAUGUAAUCAUUUUCAAAGUGCUUUUAAACCUUUUUGUCCUUCAAUUCAUGUCUAUUUUCUUGUAUCUCUAUAUAUUUUAAUAUGUUUCUGGCAGUUAUUGUAUACUGUAAACAAUGUUGCAAUAAAGAU